UAGAGCUCUAAGACUCCAGCAGAGAUGAAGGAGUUACCCGCAUUGCAGGAGUCUUCUGAUGCAGUCAAGUUAGGUGCAGGUCUCGAGCUGUGUCAUCAUACAGCUGAAGACUGCAGGCAGAUGGAGCAUUCCUUGCCUAGUUGUGUCAUGGAAGCUGUGAAGAUUGAGCCUCGUGAUGAGCUGCAAUCAAACUGUGACUCAGGGCUCCCAGCUGGCUUCCUUGAAGUGGAGAAAGAGGAACCUUUCUUCAUGGAAGAAGACAGUGCUACAGUUGCUGACUUCAAACCGUUCCAAAUUCCAUUCCUGGGCUUGGAUUCUCUCAAGGCAGAGCCUGUCGAGGCUGGGGCAUCUCCAUCCAUCCCCCAGGCUCCUCCUGCAAACCAAGAACUCCCAACAAGGGCAGGAAUCUUUACCGCUGUUCAAAAAGCCUCUGAGACUGCCUGCUUAGCCUCUACUUCUCUGGAGGUGCACAAUUGUGGUGCUUCAAUGGCUCUUCCGCCUUCAGAAACUUCAACUUCCAAGGGCAAGAGUCAAACAAAUGAAAUUAAAAUCUCAUCCACUGAACAAGAAGCUGGUGAAGCUCGCUCGCCUAAUAAUGGCCGCCUUCCUCCUACUCCUGCACCAUCAGUAAAUUGUAACGUUCUCAGCUACAAUGGAACGAGAACUGUCCCUGCAACGCGAGAGGCUUCUUCUAAGGCGAAAGAGGCGCACAAUUCUGUGGAUUUCAAACGUUCAAAGCAUCUGUGCGUCAAAUUAAAAAAAUGCAGUGUACUAUUGAAACGCAUUCAUGUUUCUGAAAAUUACAAAUACGUUUGCGAUGAAGAAAAUGAAAAUAAUAUUUGCUCAGAAGAAAUAGCAUUUCAAGAGCCUCAUCCUGAUCAUGGGAGCGAAGAUUCAGAGCGACCUAAAAUGCACAGUGAAAACGUGGGCAGAAGUGGAGGACCAUAUUCAAGUGAAGAAAAUAAAUUAAACUUUUCUAAAAAUACUGAUAGUCUGCGAAGGACAUCCCUCAAUCGUUCUAAGCUUCUAAAUGCUUCUAUGAAGGAGGCAAUUUCUUCCACAACCUCCCACGUACGUCGUAACAAAGAGAAGACUCUCAAGUGUCAUGUCUGUGACGCAGCUUUCCGCCUUAAAUGUGAUCUUGACCGACAUAUCAACGCAGUUCAUCUUAAAUUGAGGCCCCACAAGUGCUCUAAGUGCGAUUAUGCCUCCAGUCAGGUUUCUCAUUUAAAAACCCAUUUAAACACAGCGCAUGCACUGCAGAAGAAAUUCAAGUGCACAGUUUGUCGCAUCAAUUUUUCCUCUCCUGUGUUGCUACAGCGUCACGUCUCUAAUGCCCAUUCUGGUGCUUGCAAUUUCCAAUUGGAUAACCAUUUCGCCGACGCCAAUUUAAUAGUGAAACCUUACAAGUGUGCUGACUGUAGCUAUGCUGCCACUUCCAAGGGCACCCUCAACAACCACAUAAAAGCUGUGCAUCUGAAGUUAAAACCACACAAAUGCGCUCACUGUGCUUAUGCUGCCGCAACUAAAACACGUCUUCGUGACCACAUUACAGUUGUGCAUCAGAAACUCAGGCACUACAAAUGUCCUGAAUGUGCCUACGCUGCCGCCGUGAAGAGUAGCCUUACGCUCCAUAUAAAAGCCGUUCACUCGAAACUAAAGCCUUUUAAAUGUGAUGAGUGUGACAGCUACUUUUCUAUCAAAAGUAAUUUAAAAACUCACAUUUCCAGGGUGCACCUCAAAGACAGACCGCACGCGUGCCCGCACUGUUCCUAUUCCGUGUGUUCCAAAGCAGGACUAGCUACGCAUGUUGCUAGCGUUCACUUGAAGCUGAAGCCUCACAAGUGCCCUCAAUGUGACUACACUUGCAGCACUAAAGGGCAUCUUGAUUAUCAUGUUAAUAGUGUUCAUUUAAAAUUACGACAUCACAAGUGCCAGACAUGCAAGCGCGGGUUCUACCAGAAAAAUAAGCUAGAACAGCACAUGAAAUCGGUGCACAUGAAUUUGAGGGAACACAAAUGUUCGCAGUGUGAUUACGCUGCAAGUUAUCGCGGGGAUCUCAAGAAACAUGUUGAUGCGGUGCAUCUGAAAAUAAGGAAACACAAGUGCGGAGUUUGUGAGUACAGCGCCACUAGCAAGUCUAAGCUCAUAAGCCAUGUUGCUCGUAAACACUGAAAAUCAAUUGGCUUAUCACACAGAGUAUAUAGAAAUGUUCUGAGUGCAAAUUUUCUACGAUUUUCCGAGGUCACCUUAUGAUGCACAGGGAUGUUCCUCAUCUGAAACUGCUUAAAUGUUCUUACUGUUAUUUUGCCUCAAAUUAUCGUGGGAAUAUGAAGCAACGUGUGGAUGCGGUGCACCUGAAAGUAAAGAAUCACAAGUGCGAAGUUUGUCAAUACCGCGCCGCUCGGAAAUCCCAUCUUGUGAAGCAUGUCUCCACCAAACAUUGAAAAUCAGUAAUCUUCCCUCUUUGAUUAUUGCUGGAGAAUCUCGCUUUUAUUUCCUCGCUAUAAGAUGUUCAUUUCUCUCAGCUACAUUAUCAAAAUAAUAUUUUGUAUUAUAUAACGGUUAUGAUACUAUUAUACGCUAUAUUUCACCUUGUUUAACGUUGUAUUGUACCGUGGUUAACGUUAUAUUUUACCUUGGUCAACGUUAUAUUUUAGCUUGAUUAGCGUUAUAUUGGUAGAUGGAAGCGAACAGGAAUAUUAAUCCUCUAACUAUUAAGUUUCACUAACCCCCUAAGUUUAGUUUCUCCAUUCGGGGCUCAGCACUUACCGUUAAAAUUUGUUAUUACUCAUCUGUCCUCAAUUGAUGGCGUGCCAAA